GGCGGGCGCCGGACCCCCAGGUGGAGCGACAGGUCUCGGGCCCUUAGGCGGAGCGGCGGGCGCCGGACCCCCAGGCGGAGCGACAGGUCUCGGGCCCUCAGGCGGAGCGGCGGGCGCCGGACCCCCAGGUGGAGCGACAGGUCUCGGGCCCUCAGGCGGAGCGGCGGGCGCUGGACCCCCAGGCGGAGCGACAGGUCUCGGGCCCUUAGGCGGAGCGGCGGGCGCCGGACCCCUAGUUGGAGCGAUAGGUCUCGGGCCCUCAGGCGGAGCCGCGGGCGCCGGACCCCCAGGUGGAGCGACGGGUUUCGGGCCCCCAAGCGGAGCAGCGGGUCUCAGGCCCCCAGGCAGAGCGGCGGGCACCGAGUCACCAGGCACGACAGUGGGCUCCAAGUCAACUGGCAAGACUGCGAGCACCGAGCCAACUGGCGGAACAGCGGGCUUCGAGUCGUCUGGCAAGACUGCGGGCACCGAGUCGUCUGGCAGGACUGCGGGCACCGAGUCGUCUGGCAAGACUGCGGGCACCGAGUCGUCUGGCAAGAC